AUGGCAUUCAGCGCGGGCCGGGCCGCUCUCCGCCGGAUCGUCCCCGGGACGCGGGCCGGGAGCGGGGCAGAGAGAGGGGCCGCGGUCGGAGCUGGAGCCGGGACUGGGACUGGGCUGCGGGCGGAGUAUGACGCCGUGAUCAUUGGGGCAGGUGAGCUGUCGGCACGGCCUGGAGGGAAAGAGGGGAAAGCUGCUGCUGCUUGUGGAGCGUGCGCUCAGAUUUGUUCCUCAGAACCGGAUUCCAGGAAGCUCAGUCUGACCUUUGCCGUGUCAUCUGAGAGUACAGUCCAGUGUCUCCUGCAGGCUGCGUACUUACAGAAGUCCGGAGUGAAAACGGCCGUGUUAGAGAGGAGGCAUGUCAUCGGAGGGGCUGCCGUCACGGAGGAGAUCAUUCCAGGUUUCAAGUUUUCGAGAGCAUCCUAUGUUCUGAGUUUACUGCGGCCACAGGUCAUCCAAGAGCUGGAGCUAAAGAAACAUGGCCUCAGGGUGCACAUCCGUGACCCGGCCUCCUACACCCCCAUGCUGGAGGAGGGAGUGGGGGGAAACCCACCUCGUUCGCUCCUGUUGGGCAGAGACAUGGAGGAGACCCAGAGGCAGAUCGCUCAGUUCUCGCCCAAAGACGCGCAGGCCUACGCUGCUUACGAAGCCUUGACCAGUCGUAUAGCCGCAGCGAUCCAGCCUCUCCUGGACACGGCACCAGUGGACAUCCCCUCGCUGACCGACGGCUCCCUGAGGCAGAGGGUCCGGGCACUGCGCACCGUGAAACCCCUCGUGCACGCAGGCUUGAGACUGGGGAAGGACAUUCCACAACUCUAUGAGCUGCUGACUGCCCCGAUCUCACGAAUUCUCAAUCGAUGGUUUGAAUCGGAACCGCUGAAGGCAACGUUGGCUACAGACGGUGUAAUCGGAGCGAUGAUCAGCCCACACGCCCCAGGGAGUGGCUACGUCCUGCUACACCACGUGAUGGGAGAACUGGAGGGCAUUAAAGGCGCCUGGGGGUACGUGGAAGGGGGGAUGGGCGCCCUCUCCAAUUCCAUCGCCCGUGCUGCCGUUGCCUACGGUGCCUCCAUCUUCACGGAGAAGCCAGUGCACUCCAUUCAGGUGGGCCAGUCUGGGACAGUUCAUGGAGUGGUGCUGCAGGAUGGGACAGAGAUUCGAAGCAAGGUGGUUUUAUCCAACGCCACCCCUCAUGUGACCUUCCUACAGCUGACUCCCCAGAAGUCGCUGCCCGAAGAAUUCAUCAAGGAAAUGUCAUCCAUUGACUACACAUCGCCCGUCACGAAGAUCAACGUUGCCGUGGAUCGGUUGCCGAAUUUCCUGGCCAAGCCCAAGGGCCAGAAGCUGCCCCCUGCCCGUUACAUGGCUGGCACCAUUCACCUGAACUGUGAGGACACAGCCUACAUAACCGAGGCGUAUGAGGACGCUUGCCAAGGACAUCCUUCCACCAGGCCAAUGAUCGAGCUGUGCAUCCCGUCCAUCCUGGACACCACCAUCGCCCCACCGGACCAACACGUCAUCUCCAUCUUCACCCAGUACACCCCCUACCACCUCCGUGGAGGCAAGGAGUGGGACGAGGAGGCCAGGAACGCCUACGCCGAUCGAGUGUUUGACUGCAUAGAGCAGUACGCACCCGGUUUCAAGACCUCGGUGAUAGGACGUGACAUCCUCACCCCUCAGGACCUGGAGAAGGUGUUUGGUCUAACGGGCGGGAACAUCUUCCACGGGGCGAUGUCUCUCGACCGCCUGUACCUGGCGCGGCCGUCAGCCCUCAGCUCCGACUACAGGUCGCCACUCGGGGGGCUGUACCUGUGUGGCAGCGGUGCCCACCCAGGUGGCGGGGUGAUGGGAUCAGCUGGUCGCAACGCAGCUCAGGUGGUCCUCUCCGACUUGAGAAGCUCUCGCCAGUCCCGCUGACUCUUCCCGGGACACCGACUCUCCCCGGGACCCCGACUCUCCCCGGGACCCCGACUCACCUCUGCAAAAUAAUCAGCCACGCACUCUAAAAAUCACUGUUAUAUGAGCAAGCACUUUAUACAAUGACCAAGCACUCAGAAUAUUAUUGCACUGGAGACCAUUCGACCCAUCGAGUCUGUGUCGGCUCUCUUGAUUAAUUCCCAGUCUUGAUUUCUCCUUGAGGGGUCCUCGAGUCUGUGUCAUCCCUCUUCACUCCCCCUUUGCAAUCAGUUUCCACCCUCCUGCCAUGAAUUGCAUUCCAGCCACUUGGAAGCCAGGACAGCCUGGAUGGGCUGAAUGGCCGUCUUCUAACCGGAGGGUCGAACGCAUUGUGCUGUCUUUAUUAAUAAGGCUCUGAAUUAAAAGUGGACAUUUGAAAAGAAUAAUUAGAAAUUUAAAUGAAGCUGGUAAACUUGCUCUGUUUAUUUCCUCGCCCCCUACCUUCAGUCUGAAGAAGGGUCCCGAACUGAAAGGAAGAAGGUUCUCGGCCCGAAACGCCACCCAUUCCUUCACUCCACAGAUGCUGCCUGUCCCACUGUUACUCCAGCUUGUUGUGUCUAUCUAUAGUCACCCAUCAAUGUUCUCCGGAGAUGCGGCCUGUCCCGCUGAGUUACUCCAGUACUUUGUGUCUAUCUUUGGUAUAAACCAGCACCAGUUUCUCCCUUCCUUGAAGUUAGAGAAAUCAAUAUUCAUGCAGCUUACAACUCUCUUCUCUAACUUCAAGUAACCCUUGCUGUCCCUCUCUCUCUCCGUCCCUCCCCCAUCCUAGUCAUUGUACUAGUUUCACUGUCCUCCUGAUUAAUUUUACUGUUUGUAUGCCUGGUUGUCAUCUUCCCCAUAAGCUAGCAAUGAACCAUUCUACACGUCCUUGAGCAACUUCUGCUUUGGUAUGUUGUUUUCACACCACACUCUUCCAUAUCUCUAGUCUCCCUCCCCCCCGACUCUCAGUCUGAAGAAGGGUCUUCACCCAUUCCUUCUCUCCACAGAUGCUGCCUGUCCCGCUGAGUUACUCCAGCAUUUUAUGUCGAUUCUGGUAAUAAUUGCCGGUGCAACUGCUGCAGCAAUGGCGGGGUGCCUUCCCAGAACCCCGCGCGGCAGGGAAAGCACCCUAUCGGCCCAGCCUGGAGUCGUGCGGCAUUCUGGGCCAGUGGGCAGCGCCAACCUACAGGAUACUUCCGGAAUUACCAUAUAUGGAGGGUGAGCAGCAUCGCGAGGCUCGAUAUUAAUUGUUGCCCGGGUGCCACAGACCACCCAAAGUUCCGCCGAGCAACCUAAACGCCGAGUCAUUUUGCCCGGUUUGGCACGCAGAUACUGGUUUAUACCGUAGAUAGACACAAAAAACUGGAGUAACUCAGCGGGUCAGGCAGUAUCUCUGGAGAAAAGGAACGUGACAUUUUGUGUCGGCGACGGCUGUAAUGCGUGGGAAAGAUGCUAAGUGUGGCGUGACGGAGGGUCGGAGCGAAUGACAGGCCCUGCACAGCAGCGACGGUGGUGGUGGAUUCAUCUCCUCCUCCUCCCACCCCCCGCCCGGCCUGAUAGCGGCCGCUGCCUGCCGCUCCGCCAGCGGCGCUUUCAAAACAAACCCUCUCGCACGCCGAGGCCAGGAGGAGGGAGGGAGGCAGGCCCCCUUCCGCCAUCUGAAGCAUCUGCACCGCUCGGCCCCGCACCUUCCUGUUGGCUGGCGGAGGAGGGGAGGCGGUGGCGAGGAGAUCCCAACUGCCUCCCCCUUUGGCGGCGGCACUUGGCGAUGGACAGGGACGGCCAAGGCAGCCAUGAUGCCGGUUUUGUCCGAGGAGCGCUGACCUUCUUUCCCACCUCCGCUGCCCCUUCCUUGUUCUCUGUCUUGUACGCCCCCUCCACCCCCCUUAUCCUGAGACCCCUCCUCUCCAUCCCGCAUUCCUGCCUCUAUUCAGUCCUCACUGACAUCCCGUGUG